GAAUUCGUUUUAAUAUGGCGGCCGAAAACGCUUCGUUUUAUAGUUUUGCAACUUAUACCUAGAAAAAUACAGGAAAUUUCCCCACAUGCUGCGCAUACUUAACAGAUAUAUUACCCGAAGUGGUAAAAAAGUGUGUUUAUCAAGGAACGUCCAAAUUGCUCCAUCAGCUCUUUGUCUAAAAUGGGAGAGAGCUGAGUUCAACGGAGUAGACGUGAAUCUUGCUCAAUUGGGAGAAAAUUGUUCGCUUGAUGAAUUUAAUGCUAGACUAAGGGGUAAGUAAUUAGAAAAAAUAAUUUUCUUAAUAGAAUCUUUGUGGGUGAACAUACGUUUCAUACUGUUUUCUUGGGGCAUUAAACAUUUUCUUACUGAAAUGUGUUCCUUAGGAGUUAAUAUAAUUAGAAUGGAUGUUGCCAGUUUGAAUAUGUCCAGCCCCAGAUUCGAAUAUAUCAAAGCCUACUUCAACAGUCCUGUGGUUUCCCAACUGCAUUAAAUGUGUGGAAUUUGAUGGGCAAGCCCUCAACUGCUGAAGGGUGUGGAUAGUAUAUUACCUAUUCUGCAUGAAACUGGGCUAAUUGCAUUAAAUAUCCGUACCCACCUGGUGGAGGGCCAAUGGUCAGGACUUCUCCAAGGGCAAGUUAUUAAAACUGAGGAUUUCUUAAGCGCUAGAGUGAAAAAAAUAUGGAAUUCUUUGAGGAUGAAGCUUUGAUUUUCACAAGAUUCUUGAGGGGUUGCAUAUUCUUCAGGGGUUGACCCAUACCUCUUCAGUGGGUAGACCCAUAUUUAAUGGCAUUCUUCAGGGGUAAAUGCACUUUUAUUUGAACUUCAGUUUUAAGAAGAAAAGGCAAGUCCUUUGAGUGGGGGAGGGGGGUGGGUAUGGAUAUAAAAUACAUCCUACCCCCUCCCCCAAGCAAGAAAUUGGGCAACACUAGCCCCCUAGCUUGAGUGUUGUGCUGUGCGUUAUUUUGUUUUUUUUACUUCUGUGAAUCAUUUUUAGAGAGUGUUUUACAUUGGAGAAGGGAUGCAAAGAAGUCAGUUUGGAUGAAGGUGCCCAUUUCUCAAAGUUACUUGAUUCCAGUGGCUUUUGCUCAUGGUUUUAGUUACCAUCAUGCGGUUGGUGACUAUGCCAUGCUGUUAAAAUGGCUUCCACAGAGGGUGGCUUGCAAGGUACCACCAUAUGCUACUCACCAAGUAGGAGUGGCAGGUGAGAGGGACCAAUAGCAAAUUAUAACCAUCAGAGAUUAGCCUGCAAGCAUGCUGUCCGAGGUGCUCUGGUGGUGGGCUGAAAAACCGUACCCUCGGGAGAGCUUUUUUGCAGGCUAGUGAGAGAAAAAACUAUUAAACAACUAGAACUACUGCACACAAAAGCAACGUGAGCCAAAUAAUUGACUUCAGCGACAGAGCUGUAAAAUCACAAAGGCCCUGCUAAACCCCAAGACCUCCCCAUAUACGAUUAGUAGUGGAGACCGCUGGCCAGCACUGUCUCGUGUUUAACCUUGCCUAAAUUACAUGUAGCCACAUUUGAAAGACAUGUGAAAACCAUAUACUGUUACCUGUUGUUGAAUAAGUAUACAUCAGAACUUGCAUGCUGCAUGUCAUGGGGCUCAGAGUCAAAUAUUUUUCUUCAAAAAAUAUUCGUACUUCUCUUGCACAGACUGUACUCUUCCCUCCAAUCCCCCUGAAAAAUUCAAGUUAGUGUUCAAACCUUCCCCUAACAUUUGAUCAUGGCCUUGAGAUUCCCCUUUCCCCUUAGAUCCCCUAACCUGUGUACAGAUGUCCCCCUCCCCUCUUCCCGAUUUUUUCUGAUUGCAGGGGGAUGUCUGCACACAGGCUAUAGAUCCCCUAAGUUGAUUUAAUUUGAUAGGUUGCUUGAUGCUGUUUGGUUUCAGGAAUGGUUCUUAAUGAAGAAAAAGGAGAAGUAUUGGUUGUUCAGGAUAGGCAAUUGGUAUAUGUACACUUCAAUGCAUUGCUCUUUAUUUAUGAAUUAAAAAGCACUCUUAGUUAUUGUAUAAAAUUUAUGCCAAAAAAAAUAGCACUGGCCCUAAAUAAUGAGAUUAGUACUCAAAUGAUGAAUAUAUGUUGAAUUUCAUAUUUUUGAACUUUGAACUGCAGGAUAAAUGCAGAGAUCAUCACAGUUAGUGGUAGUUCAGUUUUUUGUAAACAGCUAUUUUUACAGUUGUGGUUUCAACAAUAAUAAAUUGUAAAGAUUCUUGGUGUUGCGCUCGGAUGCAAUUAACAAAUUACAUAAUACAAAAGCAGGGGCAUAGUGUCCAAAUACACACAUGGGCCUGUGUGUACAUGUACAGCUGAAACAUGGAAAAAUAUAGAAAAAGCAUUUUUUAUAAUGAAAUCGGGAUGACUGAUACAUUAUUCGCACUACAUUGGUGUCCUUGUGUUAAUAUUUCCUUUGUCCAUUUAUUAUUCGAUAAUUCUGAUGGCAUCACUGGCCUUUUUUUCCUGUAAACUCAUACACCUUACCGAGAGAUGGGUGAAAUGAAAAAAUCAAAAGUACUGUACUUUCCUGCAUACUAAUUUGCUGAAAAUGUCCCGUUGAAAGUGCUGGAAAUGGCAUUUCUGAGACCCUAAAGUUAAGAAUUUUCUGGGGGAGCAUGCCCUAGGUUGGGACACCGUAGCUACAACUUUUCUUUCCCGUGUGCAUACACGUUCAAAAUCUCAUGCUAUGCCCCUGAAAAGAUUGAUAAGACACUAAUAAAUUAUUAAACAGUAACCACACCACAACACAAAAGGGGACCAACAUAACACCAAGAAACACCCCAAUGAUUUGACCAUAUCCACCAAAAUCACUCACAAUGUUGUGUUCUUACAUGCAAAAUUACAGCAGGACAUCUCCAUAGGAGACUUUAUAAAUUCUGUUCUGGCCUACACAUGUCUAACGUCUGCUAUUAUUUUGUAUUUCUCAGUAUAAAAUUGGACAAAAACGGAAGGCCGUUUGGAAAUUUCCAGGUGGACUUUCAGAUGAAGGAGAAAAUCUUGGUGAGUUUAAUAACAAUAAAAGUUAAACAUGGUUAAAUAUUGUAGAAUAAUACUAGAGCUGUCUGAAUACAAGGCUGUGCUCAGGCAGUGCCCAGUGGCUCCUGGCGCCUAACUCCCGGGUGACUAGAAAAUCUUUGUUUUUUCAUAAAAAUCAUCCCCUGGGCACCCUGGAUUUUACAGGUUCAGUGUAAUGGGAUCCCGUCAAUUUUUCUGAGAGCACAGCUAGCCUUGUAGUAGACACUAUUCUUGUGAGUUGAUAGCCCUUAUUCACUGUUUGCCUUGACAAAACACUGUUUGAACUCUGUGCUUUCAAGAACCUGUCCAUUUCUUGUCCAGGCCAGCUGCAGUUGUGCCCCCACCACCUCUAAGAGUCACUGAGGUUGGAUUUGUUUGCAACAUAUCCAUUUAACUAUCCCAUUUUCCUCUUUGAAUUUUUAUUGUUUUUAAGUGCAAUUACAUGAUUGUAUAACAAGAAAUAAAGCAUGCACAUGUGACUGCUAUAUGUGUAUGGUGCAAGUGGAUCUGCCCUUAAUGUGAACAAAAUUCUUUGAAACAACAGUUACUGCACAAGCUUAAAGGCUGGAUCAUUAUACAUGUCUGGGAAACUGCCCACCUACCCCUCCCCUAAGCCAACAUUAACACUUCUCACUUGGGGAAAAAUGUUGGCUUAUGGGAGGGGUAGGUGGGCGGUUUCCCUGAAAUGUAUAAUGAUCCAAGAUUUUGGUGUCAGAUAUUGGGUUCCCCUACACAGGGACAUGAGAUAUUAAAAUUUUUUCGUUGAGUGAGUAAAUUAGUAUGAAAUAUAUUGAACUACUAUAACCAAGGGUUGCCUCUCCAGUUCUAAAUACCCCUUUUCUCUAAAAAGUUCACCCUCUCCAUUAAAAAUGUCUGGAGAAAGAGAGUUUAUUGUAUAAUUUUAAUAUUGGUUUUGUUAAUUUGACUGUACUUACUUCAUAUGCAAAACAAAUGAAUAAAUAAUAAUGAUAAUAAUAAUAAUAUUAUAUUAUUGUAGUGAAGUAUCAACCUGUCACAAACUUAUCAUCUACAAGUCAGAUGUCUCCUUUUAAUAAUACUGUUAUUUUGUAGAAGAAACAGCCAUUCGUGAAGUCUAUGAGGAGACUGGAGUAAAGUCAGGUACUGUACGUAUGUAGAUGACUAAAAAUUGCAUGACAAAAAUAUAAUUUAACAGGUAUAGGGUAUCAAACUUAGGGUUUGGAUUCGUGUUAAAUUAAUUUUGUAUCCAGUUGCCCUCAAAGCAAGCUCACUUCUUUUUUUCACUUUGGUUACUAAUCUGAAGGUAUUUCCUUGAGCAUAAGAAGAAACUUCUGACAACAGGAAUUUAAGAUACCUGUAACAACAAGUGUUUCAUCUGUUGCAUAACAACUUGCUGAAAAUGUCAGAUGCUCAGUGUGUUUUCAUUUCCUCAGAGUUUCUUGGUUAGUUUAUUUUUCUCCUGUUUUGACACAGAAUUCAAGUCUGUGAUGAUGUUUCGGCAGCAGCACCAAAUGAAGAAUGCAUUUGACAAGUCCGAUAUCUACAUUAUAUGCAGGAUGUCACCCCUGAGUUACGGAAUAAGUCACUGUGAAGAUGAGAUUGCACAGUGCGAGUGGAUGAAGUUAUCAACUCUCAUAACUCACACAGACACUGGCCCAAUCACAAGAUUAGCAGCAAGGUUAGCUGUUUACGGAAUGAAGAAUGGAUUUCAAAAUGUUGAUUUGGAACCAAACAGAAUGAGAUCCUGGGUAGAUCCAAAUAAGACGGUUUGUCUUUAUCACAGAUAUUUGCCCAGUUGAUGGUUAAUACCAAUCUAUUUUUACUUUUGACUAAAAAUUGGCUGAAAAUUUGGAUCUGCAGGGUUCUUAGCUAACUAUCUGUUAGUACCAAGACUUUUACUUGUAAAAAUUCAUUUAUUUUGGAUUCUGACAUACUGUACAUGUAUCAACAAAUAACAAAUAAAUGGACACACAUCUGAAUUGUACAAAUAAAUCUUAAUUGAAAAUUUUGGAAAUUUUAAUAUGUAAACUUAUU